AUGCCCGCGCUGGCUGCAGCGAGCUGCGGGCAGCUGAUAGACAAUGUGUCCACUUCUGAAAUCCUACAGCAAAGACUUAGCGACCUGCAAGGUGGAUAUGCUUUCUUUGACAUCGAUGAAACGAUACUCAUGCCCAGGACGCCGUUUAUCUACGGGAUGCCCAAAACGGAUGCCUUCCUCAAGAGCCUGGGCCAUUGCGAAAGAGAGGCCCUCGUCUGGAUUGGCCCACAGAUGGAGGAAGCUUACUAUGCUGCGCCGCUCCAGCUGGUGGUCCAGGGGCUACCCUCUGUUGUGCGUUCCCUCCGUCAGCACGGGUGGCAUGUAUAUGCUGCAACUUCGCGAUCAACGGGUGACGUGCCCUGGGAUUGGCACAAUGAUGUGGUGAUCGAGUUCCUGCAAGCAGCUGGCGUGGAAUUUUCACCCCUGGAAGACAAGUUUGCCCAUCUCGGCAAUGCAACAAGCAUCGGAGGCAUCUUUUUUGUUGGCGGAGAGCACAAGGAUAAGGGAGACCUGAUCUCUCAAAUCGUACCCCAUGGUGUUUCUGCUGUGCUCAUCGAUAACACACGGCGGAAGUUGGAGCGAGCACUGGCCAGCACAGCGACUGAUGUAUGUUUACAAGGUCUACAUUUUGUGGCUGCUCACCAUCAUGAGCAAGACGAUGUCGCCCGGAGCACAUGGUUGUGCAACGAACUCUCUCGCGCCAACGUGCACUGUGCCAGUUGCGGCUCUCCUGGAAAUGACGCCGGAUCUCACCGGUGA